UGCAAGUAAUCGGAUGACUUCAUGUUGUCAGCUGGUAGGCUAUCACGCCAAUUUGCCUCUCUCACACUCUAUUACCACUAGAUAAUAGCUUAUCCUUAAGCAGCCAUGAGAAAGAUUAUCACACACUUUACCAUGAUCAUAACAAUCAAUCGAUUUGCAAUCCUAAAUAAAUGUUUGCCUUUAUUCAGAAGUAUAGUUCCAAGAAGUUUUUAUCAAAUAAAGGAAAGUUCCAGGCAGUUGUCCCCAUCCUCAACUUUCUACAAGUUAACAGCAAUACUAGGGCUUUGCAGAUGAAUGGUGAAUGAGAUAGUGGUAAUGACAAUCUAUGUGCCAUCUUUUUCGUUUCCUUCAAAGGGCUGCUUCAUUUGCUUUGGAUGUCUAAACUUUUUCAGAACAAUCUGUCAUAUUCUUAUCUUUGGUCAAAAGCAUUACUUUCAUUUUGUUUCACCAGAACUCACAUGAAUUCAUGGUCUGAGCUUCCAGGCUAUCUAGCUUGUCUCUGUAUACAUACAUAUCGCACCAUGUUGCCUCUUUCUCUGGUCUGCAACCCCUGCCUCUCUCACAUUCUAUCACCAUCAGAGAAUAACUUAUCCUUCAACUCCCAUGAGAAAGAUUAUUACACACUCUACCAUGACCAUAACAAUCUAUCUAGUUGCUUACUCUGCAACCCUAAAUUAUUUCAGUUGCCUUCCAUGCAAUACAGUUUGCAAUCUAAAGACAGGAUUGUCUGUUUGCCUGUUGUGGGUAAAGAAUUUUGUUCACCAUUACUAACAAUAUUGACUGUGAGAAAGAAGCCUCUUGUUUUUAGUGAAGGAGGCUUAACAGUGACAGAAUCAUCUACUGGUCAGAUUGUUUUCAGAGUGGAAGGCAGGGGACCCAGUUCAAAAAACAGAUUAGUUCUUAUGGAUUCUCUGGGCAAACCUCUGCUUACAUUGCGGCGCAAAGGCUUUGCAAUGUGCAACCAUUGGUGGGGAUUCAGUGGAGAGAAAUAUGAUGGGCAAGAGCCCAUUUUCAGUGUGAAGAAACCAUUGAUAUUCAGUAAGAGUGGGGAUAUGGAGGUAUUUUUAGGACCCAACAUAAAAAAGAAGCAGGCUGAUUAUACAGUGCAAGGGAGUUACAAGGAGCGCUAUUGCAAGAUCUACAAUGGGACUACCACAAUAGUUGCAGAGGUGAAGAGGAAAUUUGCUACAUCGGAUGUCAUGUUGUCCAGAGAUGUUUUCAGUGUUGUUGUGAAAAUGGGGGUUGAUCAAGCUUUCAUCAUGGGUUUGAUUGUGAUUCUGCAUCAGAUUAGUGGAGAAAAUGAUGAAUUUUCUGUCUGAAAUUGGUAAAUAGCUAAUAAAAAAAUUUGUUCAGAA